AUGAUCGCAGAGAACCCCCCUCUCCGCCACGUCUUCAGCAAAUCAGCCCAAGACACAGGCCACCAAGCCGAUGCGCUCGCGGGUGCUCUGUACGCCUAUGCAACGAACAUCAACGACCUGUCGCCGCUGAUCCCCGUCGUCGUCCGUAUCGCGCAUAAACAUGCCGCGCAUGGGAUUACUGGGGAGCAGUAUGGGAUUGUCGGGACGUAUCUUAUUAGGACGUUGUGUGAGUAUUUUGGGGACGCGUUCACGGAGGAGUUGAAGGUUGCUUGGUAUAACGCAUACUGGCAGCUCGCCAAAAUCUUCAUCGACCAAGAAGCCAAACUAUACGCGCAAGCCGCCUGGACCGGCUUCCAGGCAUUCCAAGUGGCAAAGGUCGAGAAAGAGUCGGCCGUCAUCUCGAGCUUUUAUCUCGAGCCCGUCCAUGGCUCGCAAUUGUCCAUGAAGCCGUUCAUGCCGGGGCAGUAUCUCACCGUACGGCUCUGGGUGGAGGAGAUCGGGGCGUAUCAGCUCCGACACUACUCCCUCUCCGACGCCCCAAACUCCUCCCAAUACCGCAUCUCAGUCAAACGCGAGCCAGGCCUAUCCACAUCCUCCCCCUCCAACACCUCCCACCCAGGCUUCAUCUCCAACCUCCUGCACGAACAAUACAAAGAAGGCUCCAUAAUCGAAGUCGCGCACCCUUAUGGCGAUUUCUUGCUCAGUACAUCGUCGACGCCCACGCCCACGCCCGUCGUGUUCAUCUCAGCCGGCGUCGGCGUCACGCCCCUGCUCGCCAUGUUCAACUCGCUCACUGGCACCUCGUCUUCCAACGAGCGCAAAAUAACGUGGAUCCAGGGCUCGAGAAAUAGUGCCGAACAGGCUUUCGCGGCCCAUGUGCGGAAUGUGGUCGGAAAGUCUGGAGGCAACGUGAAGGCCGUGUUUUUCCAUAGUCGGCCGGGGGAGGGGGAGGUGCCAGUUAAGGAGGGGAACGGUGAGGGUGAUUAUGAUUUUGCAGGACAUGUGGAUUUGGAGAAGGUGCCCAGGGAGGAACUGUUCCUGGGAGAGGGAGAUGAGGGGGCGGAGUAUUAUGUUUGUGGGCCGGGGGAGUUUAUGGCGAGUGUGGCGAAGAAGUUGGGCGAGAUGGGCGUGCAGAGUGGACGGGUGCAUAUGGAGGUGUUCGGGGCUGGUGGAAUCUAG